AUGGCGUUCUUCUUCGACCUAGGGGCAGACCCCCGGAACCCCUUCAACCAAGGACCAACCUUGUCCCAUCAAGCAUUACAAGAGAUUCCGUAUGCUCCACCCCGUGCGACUUCUGUCAACCAUGAGGAGGACGUCCUCGACCAGUUAUCUGCACAAUUGAAUGACCUGACACUUCUCGCCGAAGAAAUCGUUGCACAGCAACCGCGAACGACACAGGUCAGAUUAAUGCUGGAGACGAGGAAGAUGUUUAACGCAUACAAGAAAUCGGGUUCGAUGAUUCGCCUGGAGAAGAAUGUCGAUCAAUUUUUGAAAGCUGGAGAUUCAGAUGGGCUACUGACCUUCAAAGCCGUUCCCAAUCCGGAGUCAAAAGGUCUGCCUGUACCCAGCAACCAAGAGCCAGCCCACUAUGGACGAGCUUUCAGGCACAAUUUCUCAUCAGCAGACGAUGUAUACGAGCACGCUGUCCUUCCAAAUGACCGGAGGAAUCCUGGGCCUGCGAUCGGUCUCCAGAGUCUACACCCACUACGAAUCAUCGAUCCCAAUUCAAUCUCAUACGUGACCACCCUUCCUUGGGAUCCAGUGGGAACCCUGCUACAAUGGCCUGAGGGUCUAGACUUACCUCAUGGACUUCUAGGCAAACUCAAUCAAAUACUCAGCAUUGUCGACUAUGAUUGCCGUGUACGCCUCUUCCACCAUGUCUGCAAGUAUGGACCAUCACCCGUCUUGAGAGUCGGGAUCGAAGCGCAAGUCCAGAGCCAUUACUCCUCCAUGAUCGAAAGUCGAACCAAAAAUUAUCUAGGCAUGACUCCGGAGACACGAGUCUUCCUCCGCAACAUGUUCGAAAAGAAGCCAGCCCUCAACCUUGCCGAGAGCCGUCUCCUCGCCAGAGUCUGCAGACUUAGUGUUGACACGAUCAACCUGCUAUGGGAUGACCUCACACAGUCUCGGAGAGCACACUUAGCAAUGAAGGUCUUCAUCACUGCGAGGGAGAUUGAAAGAGCGAGACGAUUGAGACAUCGUGAGCAUCAGGAAUACCUGCAAGAGCAGAGAGACAAGAAAGUCAAGGAAUUGGAGAGGCGGAAGCAAUUGGAGGUCGAGCAACAAUUGAAGAUGCGUCACAGACACGUUCAUGUGGGACCUUCGAGUGUCGGAGUACCAAAAGGUCCCAAUGCCUUUGCUGAUCGUGAUCCCCAGAGACGGCGUGGUCUAGGAGCAUGA